UUUUAGAGUAAUUGUGUAGAGCGUUAUUUGGAGGGCCAGCUGAAGGGUUUGGAGUUAGUAUUGGGUGGAAAGUUAGCUUAGAGGAAAUGUAGAGGGGCAUUGUUAGAUUAUGGACUCAUAGUCAUCGUUUGGAUGUCUUUGGUGAACUCAUUCAGGAUUUUUUGGGUGGGUGAGUGUUGAUGUGGUUCAGGAAAGAUUUUCACCUAGUGUGGUUUACUGCUGCUGCUCCUUGGGAGUCUAAUUCUUCCCAGACCCCUCGAUCUUUUAGUAUAUCUCAAAUAAUAUACUUCAAUCUUUUAUCAAGAAAUUGAGAAAUACUGUUUGGUUAAGUCAAUGGCAGUGCAUCCCUAAUAAUUUGAUAUCUCUUUGUUUGAUAGAAGACUUAAAGCCUGCUUGUCAACCCUUGUAUAAGAGUUAAAGAAGGUAUGCAUCAUUCGGAGUGCAGGUUUACAACCUUUUGAUGAUCCUC